AACCCGCCCCUCCCGCCGCCACCAUGGUGGCCAAGGAUUAUCCUUUCUACCUGUCCGUCAAGAGGGCGAACUGUGCCUUGGAAGUGCAGACUGUGCCCAGCCCAGCUAAAGAGACCGAGGAGCCCAGUAACAAACGGGUCAAGCCGCUUUCCAGAGUCACAUCCCUGGCCAAUCUCAUUCCUCCUGUCCGUGCCACUCCACUGAAGAGGUUCAGCCAGACACUGCAGCGUUCCAUCAGUUUCCGCAGUGACAGUCGCCCGGAUCUGCUCAGUCCCCGGCCCUGGGCUCGGAAUGUGCCCCCUGCCAGCACCAAACGGAGGGACAGCAAACUGUGGAGUGAGACCUUCGAUGUCUGUGUCAAUCACAUGCUCACAGCCAAGGAAAUCAAGCGGCAAGAGGCAAUCUUUGAACUUUCCAAAGGAGAAGAAGACCUGAUAGAAGAUCUGAAGUUGGCAAAAAAGGCUUAUCAUGACCCAAUGCUUAAGCUUUCCAUAAUGACAGAGCAAGAGUUGAACCAAAUUUUUGGAACACUGGACUCCCUAAUUCCUCUACAUGAAGAUCUUCUUAGGCGACUUCAAGAAAUCAGGAAACCUGAUGGAUCAACAGAACACGUUGGCCACAUCCUUGUGGGUUGGCUUCCAUGCCUGAACUCCUAUGACAGCUACUGCAGCAAUCAAGUAGCAGCCAAAGCUUUACUGGAUCACAAGAAACAGGAUCACAGAGUGCAGGAUUUCCUGCAGCGCUGCUUGGAGUCUCCUUUCAGCCGCAAACUGGACCUUUGGAAUUUCCUGGACAUCCCAAGAAGCCGUUUGGUUAAAUACCCAUUGCUGCUCCGAGAAAUUCUGAGACACACACCAAAUGAUCAUCCAGAUCAGCAGCACCUUGAAGAAGCUAUAAAUAUAAUUCAGGGCAUAGUGGCUGAAAUCAACAUAAAGACUGGGGAAUCCGAAUGCCAGUAUUACAAAGAGAGACUUAUUUAUCUUGAAGAAGGCCAAAGGGAUUCAUUGAUUGAUAAUUCACGUGCUCUGUGUUGUCAUGGUGAACUGAAGAACAACAGGGGAGUGAAACUGCAUGUCUUCCUCUUUGAAGAAGUGCUGGUGAUUACACGAGCUAUCACCCACAACGAGCAGCUCUGCUACCAGCUGUACCGGCAGCCCAUUCCCGUCAGGGAGCUCCUGCUGGAAGAUUUGCAGGAUGGAGAAGUUCGGUUGGGUGGAUCCAUCCGCGGUGCAUUCAGCAACAAUGAGAGAAUCAAAAACUUCUUUAGAGUCAGCUUCAAAAGCGGAUCUCAAAGCCAGACUCACUCUCUCCAAGCCAAUGACUCCUUCAACAAGCAGCAGUGGCUGAACUGUAUCCGCCAGGCCAAGGAGAAGGCGGCGUGUGCGGGCAAGGCUGGCGGGCUGAACUCGGAAGCACAUUUUGUGUUGUCUCCAAACGGCCGCAGAGCUGCCCCGGGAGAAUGCAGCCUGGAGCAGAUGGAGCAGUCGGACUGUGAGUCGGACUGCAGCAUGGACACCAGCGAGGUCAGCGGCGACUGCGAGCGCAUGGAACAGACGAACUCUUGCGAACACGACAAGCAAAUAGAAACCAAUGUUUGACAAAAACUUACAGUUCGUGGAAGAAAACCUGUCUCUUACCUGUACAGUAUUUGCAUUCCAUAUGUGGAACCGUUUGGAGAAGCACUUUUAGAAUAUUUUUUGUGACGAUGUCAAUGCAGUCCUUCUUGUAUUCGUACCUGUGAGUGUAGUACUGUGACUGCCCAUCUGUAUAAGCUGGAAUCUCUUGCAACUCAUGUCCUGUGAUUAUGUUCCAUAAACACCUAAGGUGGAUGAAAGAGGUACUUGACCAGUUAUUCUCAAUGUCCUGCUGUAAACAGAAUCUCUAAGCUACUGUUUAUAUAUGCAUUACAUAAAUAACUUUUCCUGAUUUUAAGUACUUUAUUUGCCCCUUAGUGGGGCAGCUAAAGAUGUGGACAUAAUAUGGAGUUUCAGGAUGGGGGAUUAAGAUAAUAAGUUUUCUUAAAGGCAUGGAAGGAAAAAAUAGUUUCUUGGAAAAAAAGAAAACUAUCUUGCACAACCUGUCUGAACUCUUGUGAUAUUAAAUCAACAAGAACUUUAAACAGCAGGCCAUGGAACCAGGGACUCUUUAGGGAUUAAGUUUUCAAAAUGAAGCGCUGUCCUAAAAUCCAGCAACCAAACUUACUAAAAUCUGGACAUUUCAGGUGGUCAGCACAGUGAUGUGGUUUAUUUGUCAAAGCAUGUAAUGCUAAAAGUAAUCAACUGAUAAAAAAAUCCAACCAAACCUCUACAGCCAGCACUGAAUUAAAUGAAAUGCUGAGAAUACUGGGUAUUUGUAAAUAAGCUGGUAGUUUGCUUUCAGUGCCAUAAAUAUAUUAUCCCAAACAGGAUAAGAAUGGAAAAGAGCUUUUGCUUGUGAAUAGGCCCUCUUCAGCAUUUUGCACUCCACUGACCUCCACUGUUGGUUUUAAACACCACUAAACUAAUGUUAAAACAAUUAAUUUUCUGUAAAUGUCUGUUUACAAUUACAUGUAGUUGGUUUUAAAACUAAGUGAUGAUUUUAUAUAAAUGGUGCUCUACAAAUACCCCAUGGGAUUAUGUAGAGAAAGUUUAAACAAAAAGGGAAUUGUUUUUCCUUUAGGAUGUAUUACAUCCUUUUUCUUUUCCUCAAGUUCUGUUUUAAAAGUUUUUAUUGCAUUUAAUCUCAUGCUGUAAUUGGAAAUAUUACUGUGUUUUCUGGUGGCUGAUUUAAUCUACUCAUUGUAAUGAGAAGCAGGUGAGUCACUUAAAUGCAGUCUAAAAACAGUUAAACAUCCUGUUACUUUCAGGAAUCCCUGGGUGAUAUUUUAUUUCUUAUUAUAAGAAAUAAUGCCAGUGCUUUGUGGCAAGCUAUGAAAAUGAUAUAUUAAUAAAUUUAAAUGAUUCUUGAUAUCACACAAGAUAACCUGUGCAAAGUACUCGUCAAAACAAAAGUAGAAAAACUUAAGUUAUUGCCAAAAAUAUUUUUCUUGUGUUCUACAAGUUUACAGAAAAUGUAUUAUGUCAAGUAUCUUACAUAUAUAUAUGCUGAUAUGCAUUACAGAAAUCUGUGUGACAAGAUGAUAAACAAUAUAAACCAAGGUAUUUUUAUUUUUUAAAAAAAUGGCAUUUUUACCCUAUAGAACAUAUUUCUGUAUUUAUAGUUUUUCAAAAAAAAUCAAAUUU